AUGGCUGCGGCCACCGCUGCUCCCGCCGCGCUGGCCGAGCGUGUAGAUAUACACAAGUCCUGCAAGACCCUCGAGAACGUCGUCAAUCUCCUGAACGACUACUGCGAGGCUGCUAGCGCCAUUGUCCAGCUCCAGAAGAGAUUGGCGAAGGCGAUCAAGGAAGCCGCUUCUGCCAACUUCUUUAACGCGAAAAAAGUGAACGCAUUCAGUGCUAGUGCUGUCAUAUUCGACGUGGUGUCCGAUGUCGACGGCAAGUUCGCCAAAUUGGCCGACAAGGAGUGCGACUGGAUCAGCACGGAAGUCAAGAAAUGGUUCAAGAAACUUGCCAAGGAGGAGAAGUUGCAUGACGACCGCAUAAGUAAUGCAAAUAACAAGAUCAAGUCUGCAGGGCAAGCAUACGAGCGGAAAGCUAAGAAGAACGCCAGAGAUGUUGCGGAGGAGCAUACCAAGUACCUGAGUUUGUUAUCGACCUUGGGCCCGGAGAUGACGCAGGAGAAAUACAACCAUGCCGCUUUCGUGACUCAACGCCAUACAAUGACUACAUUCAGCGUGGCAGCCUGCCUCGCCAAAGUUGCGGAUGCAGAAUGGGUUCGCGCCUGUGAGAGUGUCCGACGUUGCGCUCCGACCGUUGGCGUAUUGGGUGAAUGGCGCGCGUUGUGCGAAGGCGGGUGGACGGGACCUAUUCCACAGGCGCUUCCUGAGGACGACGGUCCAACAACAACACCACAACCAGGGAUGGCCCCGAUCAAUGAAGACCAAGCGCGCGAGUUGCAGGUCAAACUGGCGCCUCAAGGGCGAGACGCUGGUGCCAAUGGUAACGAACGCGAACCACCACAAUAUGUGCCUAAUGAUCCAGAGCGCGGAAACGACCUGCAUGCGCGGAAUAUGCCAUCAGCGACGUCAUCAUCCGAUCUCUCAAAUCACAAUUCCAACGCGAGGAUGCCUCGGGCACAGCUGUCGCAAGAUCGGUACAACUCGGCCACCUCUCUCGCAUCUCUUGCAUCAUUCCCAUCUCCACCAACCCAUGUCCCUCCUCCGCUCGUCGCCUCUCCCUUAGCAUCCCGUACCGUUUCUCUCGAAGCUGGGGACAGCGCUGAUUCGUCCCAGAAGGCAGUGUCCUUCCCAUCGUCGGUCAGAAACAUGGCUUCCCCUGAAUCCGAGCCACAAGAACCCAAACCCAAGAAAUCCGGAGAAACAUUGCAGGAUGCGGAUACGGAUGCAUCUAAUACUCAGUCCCCGCCAACCGCGCAAUAUCAGUCCCAAGAAGACGGCAAUGUUCUUCGUUCCUCUUCAGCGGGGCAAUUGCCGGUCAUUGAUACGCGACCAAGUGCUUCCGGAGCACGACCUCUAGAGCAAUCGGGGAGAAGUGUAGAGGCGGCCCGGAAAGACAAUCAGAUCUCGCAGCCGAUACCCUCCGACCAGAACGACAUGGGCACGGGUUCCGCUGCAAAUCGCAUGCGGGAUAGUGUUAGCUACCCUAAAGGCGAUUACACCGACGAUAGGGAAUUUGGAGUGCGACGCGAUGCAGGAUCUCCUGUUGAACGAAGGGAUGCAGGGGCUCAAGGAAAGGCAUUGGAACGAAGCGAAUCUGUCGUCAGCGCAGGAAGCGUCGCAGCCUUGCGGAACCGCUACAGCUAUACGACGACGCCUGCGUCGCCGCCACCCAGAGAUGUCCCCAAAUUAAAUCAAAGCGUCUCAAGUCUCGCUACCCGUUACGCGCCGCGUAAUGACGAUCCUCCAUCUCCAAUACAACGUACUACAUCCCCUCGUGCUGGGUCUCCACGAGCGCGGCCCCUCGGGACGGAGCCUACCUCCGUUACUCGAAGUGGACCUUCCGGCAACCGAGCAUCCAUGACCAGCGAGGACAUAACGCGGCGACACCGCCGUUUGGAAGAACUCGAAGAACUGCAGCUUCGGGAACGAGAGCUGGAGCUCCGCGAGCGAGAACGCGAGAUCGAGUCCAAGGCGAGGGAGCUAGAGCGCGAUCGGGUUCGGUUGGACACGAUGCGCACGCAGAGCGUUUAUUACACAGACUCGUCGAGCAGGACGAUGUCGUUGCAGCACCUCCCUCCAGCCCUUCCUCCCCCGCGAACCCCUCCAGAGGCAACACGUCUCGUACCUCCAAAUGACUCGCGUUCACCUCCGCGAGGUCAGCUGUCGUCCUCGACUUCCUCCCAGCACACUCCUCAGCCGUCCGGGCAAGCUCGGCCGGCGGACCAUGCGCCAUAUUGCGGAUGCAACGCCUGCUCUGUUGAGAAAUACAGGCAACGCGACCCGAGUCCAUCACCUCGAGAUCUCCGCCCUCCAGAGCCGCCCAUCCAACUCCGGCCAGAGAAGCCGAAGGGCUGGAUACGGAGGUUGAGCAUGCCAGUCGUCACAUUUGGAGCAUCGUCUUCGGAUAACAGGACGCGCAAAUUAUCGAACUCGAGCAUGUCAAAUGGCAUCUCGAAUCUCACCGUCGGCGGCUCGCGGACCAGCCUUGCCAUCGUGGAAGAGGACGGGCGAUUGACCAACGCCGCAUGGGAGCAGAAGAACCGCAGCGCUGUCAAUCUUGUGGGACGCAGGUGA